CCGACCGACCACCGGAAGCGUUUCUGCCGUCGCUCGACUGUCAUUUUUGAGCUAUAGAUUUUUUUACAAAUAAUUCACUAAUCGCUAUUGUACGUGUAUUCUAUAUUAAUGUUACGUGUUUUUAUUUGAAAGCGAACAUUGUGAAUUCUCUUCUUAUCCUACGUUAAAUAUUAUAAGGUCGUAAUAAUGUCUGGAGAGCCAGAGGUAGCACGUACCCCUGAGGAAGAGGAAACUGAAGACGAAGAAAUCAAGUCCUCUUACAGGCCUCCUCCUGAAAAGACUAUCGAGGAGAUUCUAGCAGCAGAUCAGGAGGAUGAAUCGCUAAGGAAGUACAAGGAAGCCUUACUUGGACAAGCUCAGGCAGGGAUUGUUAUAGUUGAGCCGGACGACCCCCGUAAAGUAAUAGUGAAGAAGCUGGCGCUCUGCGUGACCGACCGAGCCGACCUCGAGCUUGACCUAACUGGUGAUUUGACUGAUUUGAAGAAACAGGUGUUCAUAAUAAAGGAGGGUGUGCAAUAUCGGAUAAGAAUCGAUUUCAUCGUGCAGCGCGAGAUCGUUCACGGGCUGAAAUAUGUGCAGAAGACCUACCGCAUAGGAGUGCCAGUGGACAAAAUGACUCACAUGGUCGGCUCUUACCCUCCCAAGACGGAGAUCCAAUCGUACACGACUCCCCCAGAAGACGCCCCCUCCGGUUUGAUGGCCAGAGGUGCGUACACAGUAAACAGCUUAUUCACUGACGACGACAAAAACAUCCAUCUCCAAUGGGAAUGGAGCUUCGAGAUCAAAAAGGAUUGGAAGGACUAAGCGCUUGGUUUCAUUAUGGAUUGGAUUCGAACACGUCGCGUUUACUGAUCUGUUCUAGGCUUUUGUCGAACUAAACGAUCGCAAUAUAUAUUUGAAUCCAUGUAUAUUGACACGUAAUUGAUAUAAUCGUAUUUGUGAUGCGGUUUUUAAAUAUCAGAAAUCACUGUUAAGAUAAAUAUUACAAUACAGUAUUGACAUUUAAUAAUUUUCAAGUUAUCACACUUUUCUGUGAAAGGUGAUGUUAUUUUGUCGCUAUUUUGAAAUUCACUAAAAUUAAAAAAUACUAGACCGUUUACCGCAUCGCUGAAUCGUAAACACAAUAAAGAUUUUAUAUAAAUUGCGUAACGUUCGUCCGAUCGACAAACGCGUUUUGUUGUUUGUGCCAUAGUCUAUCAAAAAUUGUCUAUGACUUCACAUUGCUCAAGAUAUCCUUCAAUUUGUUACGCACACAUAAAAAACGACGUGUUUCCAAUCCAAUGCAAGUGUCGAUGGAAUGGCUGACUGAGGAUUGACAAAAUUAUUAUAUAAGAAACUCCCAUUUAUAUAAAGGUUUUACAUAAUACGCAUUUUACAUUCGUAUGAAACUGAAAAUGGUCUUUUUUUUUCAAAUCUUCUCCAAUAAUUUUUGAUACUACUUAUAAUAAUUCUACUACUGAACGUAACGCUAUUUUUAAUCUGUCAUAUCCAUUACUAUUUUUAUACUGUCGAUGUAAUCUAUAUAUUUAAAUGUAAUACUUAAUUAUCCUCAUUUCAAUUUUAUUUAUCAAUAAUAAUUAGAACCCAUAGAUUAAGACGAUUUUUCUACAAUAUUCAAAUUAAAAUAUUAAGUGUUUAUUAGUGUAGACAUUACAUUCAAAUUACAAAAUUAUAUUUAAAACUUAGUGUUUAUAAAUAUUACGUCUAUUUAAAAAAAAAAUAUAUGUAAUUGUAUAAAUCACCGUAGUGCCGAUCGAGAAUAGUUCUUAUGCCGCAAGGAAUAGAUACACUUUUAGUUUUAGUCAGUCUUGUUGAUAUCGACACUUCAUGCGUUCACACCAGCAUUCCUGUCCAAGCAUUUGAAACAGCCUUUGAGCUUACCUCUGCAUCGGACUAUCACACUUAACCCCAGGGUUAUAAGGGCGUUUAUCGUACGUGUUUACGACACAGCGUCUGUAUGUUCCGAUAUUCAUUAUUCGUAUUAAUCAGUAAGAGACCGUGAUAUGUAUAUUUCUAACCCGUAUAUCGUAGUGGACACACGUUGUAUUACGUAGGACGUUGAUGUUUUUUGGUGCACUAAAAUGGAGUCUAUUUUUAAUACCUAGCUUCUAAUUUAAUCAGUGCCAGUGACGCGUAAACGUGGCAAUAAUUAUUGAAAAGUAUUAAUUUGAAUGUACGUUUUUCACAAUGUUAGUGUAAAUUUAGACCGUAAGCGUUUUGCGAUAAAGUACAAUUUACAGAUACACUCGACGAUCGGUUGAUACGUCGUUUUGUAAAGCAAUGUCGUUGCUUAUCGUGCUGUGGAUGAAGGAAUUAUAUAAAGAGGUGCUUCAGUGUUUCCACUGGUGCUUCGUUCUUAGACUGAACACACGGUGUGUGAAUUAAAGAAAAAAAAAAAUAUUUUUAAACACAUUAUCAAACGGGGUGGCCAAAAUAUUAAGCUUAAACGUGAUCAAUUUCAUUGGCACACGAGUUCCUAUCGUAAGGACCUAAGGUUGAAAAUUCCUAGUCUACAAUAAUGCAACUAUUUAAGAUGUUUUUCAGACGUUGUCCAGAAAAUCCAACUUUGCUUUGUCAAUCGGUGGUUGAUGCGGCUAGCAGUAUUGCUUUCUGGUUGUCAAAGAGUGUUAUCAUUUUCAAACAGACGGACACAAAUCAGAAUAAUGUUUAUUUUAAUUUUUAAUGUAUGACUUUGGGAAUUGUGUGUUUAAUAAUAUUUUGAUAAUGAAUCUUGCAAUUGUGGUCGAUAUCCUGUUGCCCCAUGUGAAAAGGGCCUAAAAAGUUCUCCAUAAAAAAAAAUCAGAUUUAAUGAUGAUUCACGAACGUAUGUUCAGUCUACUCGUAAUUAAGGCUUCCCUUUUAUAAAUUACAAUUAUCCAAUUUUUUUUUUAAAUAAUAUACAUAUCUAAAACUUCUGACGUCACACCGGGUUAGUUUUCUAUUCUUGAUUGCGUCACAACCUAUUUACUGCCGAAGUGUGAAAAGAUUUUAUAUGAAAUUUAAACAAUAUUGUAUAAUUAAGCGUACAAAUCGCUUUCCUUCUAGCAUUUGUUAAAUUAAAAUUUCAAAAUUAGAUGUUUUAUAAAUUUCACUCUGAAAACGUCACCAAUUCUUAUAAUUAUAAUAAACAAUACAAUUAUGUUAUUCGGACUUUAAGAAAAAAAAAAGGUUAAACAAAUUGCCCUAGAAAGGAAAUUCAUAGCUUAUUUAGCUAGAUUUUUUUCAUAUAUUAAAUUAAAUUCUAUGUAUUUAAUUUUAAGGUUGAUUUUACUUCGCUUUCAACCUGUUUAUGAUUAAUAGUGGGUUUAUUGCGCAUUUGUGCUAUAUUUUAUUUUAUAUCGAUUUAUUUGUUACUUCAAUAAUUGAUUUUUAUUACAAUAGAUGUAAAGCUGUAUGCAAUGUAAUAGUUUGGCCAAAAAUAAAGCUUAUUUAUUCAA